AUGACACUGAAUGCCAUUCCCCUGCUGCAGAUCGCCGAGGUCCGCGCGCGGCUGAACGUGACGGUGGAGGUCACGCCAGGCACGGGCGUUGCUCCGGCUCCGGUCGAGUCGUUUGACGACAUGGGUCUGCACCCGAACAUCUCAAAGGACAUUGUGUACCACAGCUACACCAACCCCACGCCCAUCCAGGCGCAGGCCAUGCCCAUCGCCCUCUCCAACCGCGACCUCCUCGGCUGCGCUGAAACCGGCAGCGGCAAAACCGCCGCUUUCGCCAUCCCCAUGAUCCAACACUGCCUGCAUCAAGCCCCUCUGCGGCCGGGCGACGGGCCUCUGGCGCUCGUGCUGGCGCCCACGCGCGAGCUGGCACAGCAGAUUGAGAAGGAGGUGAAGGCGUUCAGCCUGUCAUCGGAUGGGUUCAAGACGGCGAUCAUAGUGGGCGGCACGCACAUGAGCGAGCAGCGGUCGGUGCUGCGAGGGGGCGUGCAGGUGGUGGUGGCCACUCCGGGGCGAUUCAUCGACCAUCUGCAGCAGGGCAACACGUCGCUCGCCCGCGUGUCCUUUGUCGUUCUGGACGAGGCUGACAGGAUGCUUGACAUGGGAUUCGAGCCACAGAUGAAGGAGAUCAUGGCGAACCUCCCAAAGCAGCACCAGACGCUGCUGUUCUCGGCCACGAUGCCGGAGGAGAUAGAGGCGCUGGCGCAGGAGUACCUCCGCACGCCCGUGCGCGUCAAGGUGGGGCGUGUGAGCAGCCCCACUCAGAACGUGACUCAGUCGCUGGAGAAGGUCGCUGAGAAGGACAAGGUGGACCGGCUGCUACAGCUGCUGGUGGAGGAGAUGGCAGCUGCAGAGAGCGGGCAGCAGCCGCUGCCUCUUACCAUCGUCUUUGUGGAGCGCAAGGUGAAGUGCGACGAGGUGUGUGAGGCGCUGACCGCACAGGGGCUCAAGGCAGCGGCACUGCAUGGUGGGCGCAGCCAGGGGGAGAGAGAGGCCGCACUGCUGGACUUCCGCAAAAACACCAUCAACAUCCUCGUGGCAACGGACGUGGCAUCAAGAGGACUGGACGUGUCGGGAGUGGCUCUCGUGGUCAACAUGGACCUCCCCAAGGCCCUAGAGGACUACGUGCACCGCAUUGGUCGAACAGGGCGGGCGGGGGCGUCUGGGCGAGCUCUGUCGUUCUACACCGAUAGGGAUGCGUUCUUGGUGGCGCAGAUCAAGAAAGCGCUAUCAGAGGCAGAGGCAGGCAACACGAUGGCGUUCGCCACUGGCAAGGCUGCAAGGAGGAAGGAGAAGGAGGAGGCAGCAGCAUUCCGGGAGAAUCGUUCAUCAACAGCAACAAAUGUGACGAUGAUAGGGGCAACAGCAGUGAAUAUAGUGGAUCAGAAGUACAAGCACAUGAUUGCGGCUCAAGCGGGGCCGGACAAGGUGGAGGGGGCGGCAGAUGAUGCCUUUGAUUACUCCCCCGGCGUCUGCGAUAAGGCUGGGGAUGCGAACGCAAGUUUUGGCAUCGGUGGGCGGCCCUCUGGUGAUGUGUGGCUCUGGCGAGACGGAGGGGUCAGCCCAGCUGGAGCUCGUGAGACGCACUCCGUCCCUGGCGAGACGGAGGGGUCAGCCCAGGUGGAGCUCGUGAGACGGGGCGUGGCUCUCUUCCUCACCUACAGGCUCACCACCCAGGCCGGCACUCGCCCCUCCUCCAAGCCCCACCUCCUCACCACCAACCCCUACCCCUCCUCCUCCGCCACCACUGCCACCACCGCUUCUCUCUCCCUCGACCCGGCUCUCUCGGCUCAUCUUGGCAGCUCUCUCUCCGCCAAUCCCCUCAACGCCACCGCGGCCGCUGCUGCUGGAGCCUCAGCCAGCCUUCUCAACACCUCCGCGGGAGUUGGCGCUACCGUUGGGGCGUCUCUUCCCAAUGGAAUGGUGGACGCAGCUGGGGGACAGGAGGAGUCUCGGCUUCUACCGGGCUCAUGGGCACAUCUGCUGGUGUUGGCGCUACUCUUGGAGCGUCUCUUCCCAACGGAAUGGUGA